CAAUGCUCCCCGUAUCUACCUGCUUCUGCUACAGAUUACUUUUAGACAAACCGCUCGGCGAAAUGGAUGGUCGGAAGAAAAGAAAAGGACAGAGGCAGAGAAUUAAAAAAAAAAGAGAAACCCCUCAGCGUCAGGCGCACCUAAAUACCGCAAAAUAAGCCCCAGUCAGGGAUCAGGUGAACAAUGCUCACCCCAGACCAUCUAUAGAGACAUCCCUGCCAUAUAUCCAUCAGAAUUGGGUGGAGAGGAAAUGAGAGGCGAAAGAGGCUCGUCAGGUCUGCUUUUAUGACUGCUGUAAUCUCCACGUUGCUGAGCCUGUGGCUUGGUGCUGCUUGGGAGAUAGGCUUGUUGCAGUUUACCUUAGUGUGUGGCCAUGAAAUCCUGGAAAACAUCAUCUCCAGUCCAUCCACAGCUAAGUUGACCAGGAUGUAGUUGAGAAAGUCCAGAUCAGAUUUGGACAAACAUGAAGAAAUCUACAAAGGUCUACCAAAUGAAACUGUGGGUGUUCAAAGGACUUCAACCUCCUCGUCUGGUUGGAAAUGAGGGUGUAGAUGCAUUUUACUGGACACCUCUAGGAAUUAACAAACACUUAAUGUAAUUACAGUUUCUUAUUUUAUAAAUGGUGACGAUCUCAACUUAGUGAAAUUAGAUUUCAGGUUGGGUGAGGUUAAGAGAAAUUUGUUAAUGAUCUUAACAGUAAAUCGUGUUUUAAGUCUUUCUCUUAAUUUGUUAGCUGAGGUCAGGUAAUGAGGCUGCCACCUGAGGCACCUUGAGGUGUGUCAGGGUUGAAAGGUAUUAUCUGCAGUCCGGUUUCCACUGUAGUGUCAUCCGUUUAGCUAUCAGGCAUUUAGGUACUUACCACAGUCAAACCCUGGUAGAUUGAAAGACUAUUAUAGGACAAAAAAGAAUAAAAUGGGAAUGGUUAGUGUAUGUAAUAAUACUAAUAUAUGUAUCUGCAACGUAUAGAUAUGUUUAAGCAUCCAAAGGGCAGGUAAUACACAGAGGUCGAUCAAAAAUGAUAGCAUAUUGAAUAAUCACACCAGUCAGCAAAAGCCAAAAUUAAAUUAGCAAUAAAUGAUGUUGAAAAUGUAAAAGAAACUAAAUUUAUUAUCAUAUCAAAUCACAUAACUGGGACUAAACAGAACAUCACAAGCAAGUUGAUCUGAAUUAAUCACAGGUAACAGAGAAAUGAUGUGGUUUCUCCAUCAUGUAGCCCAAUCAUCAUCUAUCACUUCUAUCUGUCAAAUAAACAGAAGGAUAACUGAUAUUAGAUGUUCUUGGCCACUGAUAGUGUUGCAGUAGCUUAAAGAAGACCACAAAUUGGCUAAGUCUUUACCGGACAUUUUCUUUCCGACCUGUGACAGUAAGCUUUUACCACAUCACAGCUAGGCUACCACAGGUGAGAUACUGAGGUUAAUCCGAUCAGGAUAAUGACACCCAAAGUUCCUCCAUAUGGAGACAGACUGUUAGGGUGAAAAAUGCUUGACUGUAGGUCUGGUCUGAAAUAAUUAAAACAUAAGAAAUUUAAUGUAGGGUAGUUAAGCACUCUAGGAAAGAAAGCACCCACAGUGAAUUGGAUUAGAAGAAGGCAGAUGAAGCAGGUAAAACACUUGUUUCAACACAUACAUAGCUCACAUUAAAAGACACAGACUAUGUAAAGCACACUAUCACUAAACAUUAUCUGCUGUAGAUAAUAUAUUUAACACUCUACAAUCAAUACACUUGUUCUUAUAUACACAGACAGUUCUCAUAUUUCAGGUAUGAUUUGUGUGUUUGCUCAUGAUUAAUGUCUCGUCAGACUUUAAAAGCUGAGGGAAGGUAAUUCCCUUUCUCGAGUAAGGAUUAGGAGAAUUCCUCCGGACUUGGAAAGUGGAGCAAAUUAGUUUGGACCCUGUCCUGUCUAUCCGGUGUUAAGAUUAAUUAGUGACCUCUUAGCUUUUGCACUACCUCACAAUCCUCUAAUCCCAUUUUGGCUGUUUGACAGGUUUAGUGGAGAGGUAUAAAAAUCGCAGGGUGUAACUUGAAACCUCGUCACCAUCCACACAAGUAGACUCUUUACGCAGACUCAACUAAACAGCUGACUAGCAAAGAUGGUUUGGGAUGGAGGAAUUGAGCCCAAUGGCACUGAAGGCAAGAACUUCUACAUUCCCAUGUCCAACAGGACUGGGAUUGUUAGAAAUCCUUUUGAGUACCCUCAAUAUUAUAUGGUGGACCCGAUAACUUACAAAAUUCUAGCUUUCUACAUGUUCUUCCUGAUCUGCACUGGGACUCCCAUCAACGGCCUGACAUUGUUCGUAACUGCUCAGAACAAGAAGCUCCGGCAACCUCUCAACUAUAUCCUGGUCAACCUGGCUGUGGCUGGACUCAUCAUGUGCUGCUUCGGAUUCACCAUCACAAUCACAUCAGCUGUUAAUGGCUACUUCAUUCUUGGACCCACCUUCUGUGCUAUUGAGGGAUUCAUGGCCACACUUGGAGGUGAAGUUGCUCUCUGGUCACUUGUUGUCCUGGCUGUUGAGAGGUACAUUGUGGUCUGCAAACCCAUGGGAAGCUUCAAGUUCACUGGAGCUCAUGCUGGUGCUGGAGUUUUCUUCACAUGGGUCAUGGCAAUGGCUUGUGCUGCACCUCCACUUUUUGGCUGGUCCAGGUACAUUCCUGAGGGAAUGCAGUGUUCCUGCGGUCCUGACUACUACACACUGGCUCCAGGUUUCAACAAUGAGUCAUAUGUCAUCUACAUGUUUGUUGUUCACUUCUUCGUUCCUGUCUUCAUCAUUUUCUUCACUUAUGGAAGUCUUGUGAUGACAGUCAAAGCUGCAGCAGCACAGCAGCAGGACUCAGCUUCUACCCAGAAAGCUGAGAAGGAAGUGACCCGUAUGUGUGUCUUGAUGGUCAUGGGCUUCCUGGUAGCUUGGACACCAUACGCUAGCUUCGCCGGUUGGAUUUUCCUGAACAAGGGAGCUGCUUUCAGUGCUCUCACUGCAGCCCUCCCUGCUUUCUUUGCAAAGAGCUCCGCUUUGUACAACCCUGUUAUCUACGUGCUAAUGAACAAACAGUUCCGUAACUGCAUGCUAUCCACCAUUGGAAUGGGCGGCAUGGUGGAGGAUGAGACCUCAGUUUCAACAAGCAAGACAGAGGUGUCCUCUGUGUCUUAAUCAUGAUGGCAUCUUCAGAUCUAUGGACAUUGAUGAUUGCUUCCAGAUUUUAAAACAUCCCAUUAGAGAAAGUUUUUGCCAAAUGGAUUUAAGAAGCGGACUCUGGACCAAAAACACAAAGGAAUUCUAUGUUAUCUGUGAAUUAACAGAAAGUCAAAUGCAUUUUCUGUUGGGGUGAUCUUGUACAGCAAUUGUGUGUCUGUGUGCAUGUGAGACCAUUUGAGAGAGUGAAUAUGAGUGAACUUGUAAACUAAAAACACCUCAAACCGUAAACCUGCUGAAAUGUGACACUUGUACCUGAUGAAUGUACAAUCACAUGUUAAUUGUUUUCAUGCAAUAACUUGGGGGAGCAUAUAUUUCACUGGUCUACCAGUGGUGUUAUUUUUAUGCAUUAUAUGAAAAAGAAAAAAAAAUAUAGGACUGAGUAGAUAAAAUAAAUGCAUGCAUAAAAAGAAA